UCAGUUUUUCUUCCCCAGAUCGUCGGAUGUGUGCUGAUAUUGGUGGCAGUGAUGGCCACUGUUGCUUCAGUCAAGAUGUCGAUAUUCAGCAUCCCGGGCGUGAGCUGGAUCUGGGUCAUCACCCUCGGCGUCUUCUGGGUCAUCACCCUCGCCGUCUUUGGCAUCUCCGCUCUGGGAAUCUUCGCCGCCUGCUCAGAGAACAAGCUUUUCCUCAAAAUAUUUGCAGGUUUCAUUGGGAUUGGGAUGAUCAUCAUGCUAAUCUUUGGGACGGUCAUGGCUGUUUGGAGAAACUCGCUGAAACAAAACUUUGACAGUAAAUCCAAAGAAUUUGUUGAGCCUCUCAUAAAAGAUGAAAAGUGGCGGAAAGUCAUCGAAUCCUUCCAGAUGACUUUCAAGUGCUGCGGCGUGGUUAGUGCUGAGGCCUGGGGAACGGAAAUCCCAGCCUCCUGUGAAUGCACCGACACCAGCGGACCGUUUAGGACCGCAACCUGCAAACCCAAACCUGCG